AUUUAGAACCUAGAAGAUCUGAAAAGAGCUAGGUUACUUUAUAAUCUGUCAUUCACUUCAAGAAUAGGAUAGCAAUUAGGCAUUAACGAUUUGGGUAAACAACAACAGGAUUCUCCUCCCUAUUAUCUCAUCUUGCUCAACUUUUAAUUGUGUUAUUUAAGUUUUCUGAAUUACUUUCAUUCUUUUUAAAUCAUAAAUACUUUUGAUUUGCCAAAUAGAAUUAUAAGUAUAGUUUAGUAGUAAUUAAUCCAAUUCCCUGUGGUUCGACCUCACUUGCGUGAGUAUACUACUUGAUUGCGUGCACUUGCGUAGUAAUUAAUAAUUUUCAGCAACAAGUUUUUGGCGCCGUUGCCGGGGAAUUGUUAAAGAUUAAUAUUACAUAAAAAUUAUACUAACUUCUACUUUGGUAUAUUUUCUCUUGCUGAUUUUUCUAACCUUUUUCUUGCAAUAAUUUUUUUGAUCUAUUUCAGGAAUCCUAAGUGCAUGCGCCGUCAAGGACAAACAGUCAUAUUACCAGUUGAUCCUGAAAUCGAGAAAACUUGCAGGAGGAAUCGAAAGAACAAGAGGCAAGAAAGAGUUUCAGCAACUGCUGAAACAUCAGAAAUCAUGGCUGCCAAUGUGAACAAUAAUGCUGGAAACAAUGGGGGUAAUAACGGUAAUAAUGGAGGUGCCGUGGAAGAUCAAGCUAAUGGCCGUAGCUUGAGAGAUUACAUUCUCCCUACUCUGACGGGAGUGCAGUCAUGUAUCAGGCCACCGGCAGUGGAUGCAAACAAUUUCGAGAUUAAGCCUGCCAUCCUUCAAAUGGUGCAGUCUUCAGUUCAGUUUGGUGGUCUCCCUUCUGAAGAUCCUAAUUUGCAUCUCUCUAACUUCAUGGAACUUUGUGAAACUUUUAAAGUUAAUGGAGUUAGCGAUGAUGCCAUUCGACUGAGGUUGUUCCCAUUCUCGCUCAGAGAACGAGCCAAGAGUUGGUUGAAUUCUUUGCCACCUAAUUCUAUUGCUACAUGGAAUGAUCUGGCAACAAAAUUCUUGUCAAAGUUCUUUCCUCCAGCUAAGUCUGCAAAGCUAAGAGGAGAAAUCAAUAAUUUCUGCCAACAAGAUAAUGAAUCUCUCCAUGAGGCUUGGGAGAGGUUUAAAGAUCUGAUCAGGAGGUGUCCUCAUCAUGGUAUAGAGAAGUGGAUGCUGGUUCACAACUUUUAUAACGGGCUGGUUGGUAAUACUAGAACUUUAAUAGAUGCAGCAGCGGGCGGAGCUUUUAUGAGAAAAAGUGCUAAUGAAGCGUAUGAUCUAUUGGAGGAGAUGGCUCUAAACAAUCAGCAGUGGCCAACUGAAAGGAGUCAAUCUAAGAAGGUAGCUGGUGUGUUAGAAGUUGAUGCCAUCACAAAGUUAACAGCUCAGGUUGAGGCAUUGACAAAGCUGAUUGCAGGGCAAGCUAAACAAGCCCAAGUUAUUUGUGAGAUAUGUGGAGGCAACCAUCACUUUUCAGAGUGUCAGGCAGAUGUGGAUAAUUUGCCAAUGGAUCAAGCAAAAGCCAUUGGGAACUACUCCCAAAAUAAUAAUUAUGGGCACAACCAACAGGGGUUCUACCAGCAGAGAAAUCAGCCCCAACAAAACCAACAACAAAGUCCUAGUGGCUCCAAUAUCCAAGCUGAUUUAUUGCUCCAAUUCAUGAUGGAAACUAGAGCCUCUAUUAAAACUCUAGAAACUCAAAUGGAACAAUUGGCUACUCAAGUGGCAAACCAAGCUCAAGGAAAUUCAGCUAGCACUAGUGAGGCAAAAGGAAAAGAGCAAUGUAAAGCAAUUUCCUUGAGGAGUGGAAAGAAUUAUGAUGGGCCUGAUGUGGUACAACCAUUCAAUGAAGAAGUUAAAGAUCAAUCAGCACCAACUCCAACAUCAAUAGAAAAGAAAACUACUGAUAGCCCUGCACCACCACAACAGUCUCCACCAAUCAGUAUUGAUCAUCAUGUGAAGAUACCUUAUCCUCAGAGACUCCGAAAGACCAAUCUAGACAAGCAGUUUACAAAAUUUCUAGAGGUUUUCAAAAGACUACACAUCAACAUUCCUUUUGCUGAAGCCUUGGAACAAAUGCCCCGUUAUGUGAAGUUCAUGAAGGAGAUAUUGUCUAAGAAGAGAAAAAUGGAGGACUAUGAAACAGUGGCAUUAACUGAGGAGUGUAGCGCCAUUUUGCAAAAGAAACUACCGCCCAAGCUUAAAGAUCCGGGUAGUUUCAAUAUUCCAUGCUCUAUAGGGGGUUCAGUGGAAACUAAAGCUCUAUGUGAUCUGGGAGCAAGCAUUAAUCUAAUGCCGUUGUCUGUCUUCAAAAGGCUAGGAUUGGGAAAAGCAAAGCCCACAACAGUGACUCUACAACUAGCGGAUCGUUCUCUAACUCAUCCUCGUGGCAUAAUUGAAGAUGUACUGGUGAAGGUUGGUAAGUUUAUCUUCCCUGCUGAUUUCUUAAUUCUUGAUAUGGAGGAAGAUUCAACUAUUCCCAUUAUUUUGGGAAGACCAUUCUUGGCCACGGGUCGAGCAUUAAUAGAUGUUCAAAAGGGGGAGUUAAAGUUGCGAGUCCAAGAUGAAGAGGUCAAUUUUAAUGUUUUUGCCCCAACUGACAUUCCUACCUGUUGCAAGAUUGAGGUGGUGAAGGGUUCUUUUGUUAAAACUGAUAAGAAGAAAGCAAAGCCUAAAGAGCGACUUCGAACGAUUCAGCGUCGUUGGAAAAGAUUGAUGUGUGGUAGUUCUGAAGGUGAGCUUACUCUUGUGCAAAACUCUGAAAUCAACACUAUUGGUGGUAAAUUUUCUUCAUUUAGUGCGAGGGCUCUUUUGAAUGCAAAGGGUGGACUUGAUCCCUUCUAAGGGGCUCAGGUAAGUUUCUCUCACCCUGGUUUAUUUUCACACAUUGGGGACAAUGUGCAUUUUAGUUUGGGGGGGGAAACUUAAUUUUUUUUUCGCGUUUAUUUGUUUUAGUUAGUUUGUUUUAGUUUUUUAGUCUUGUGUGAUAGCUAAAUUGAAAGAUUGAUUGAAUUGUUGUUAUUCACUUGUGCAAUGGAUUAAAACAUAACUGUGUGCUUGACUUGCAACUGUUUGAAUUAAGAUGGAUGUGUGCUAGGAAGUGAUUCAUGUAGACUUAAAACAUUUGCUAUUCUCACAUAUCACCUCUGUUCUAUUUGGUUUGUGGAAUGAUUGAUUGAACAUGGAAUAGAAUUUGUUUGACAUACUCUCUUGAAGCGAAAUCCUUGAUGAUUUUUGUUUGGAAAGUGAUUUAGGCAAGUUUUCUUUGGAACGAUUGAGCCUUUCAAGCCUGCCUAUGAAUUUUUUACCAUAGUAUACCCAAAGUUGAGC